AUGGUUGGUUUUGCAUCUGCAGGCACGCGAUUUACCACCCGUGUUAAAGACGAAAAUGUUUGGGUCUUUCAAUCACUGAGUAUCUUUCUCGGCGGAAGUCGAAUCUUACUGGCUUUGCAAUAUACGGUCAACAAUGUCGUCUUCAUUCGGAAACAAAUGAAGCCUGCUGCCAAAGGGGUCUCCAUCAUCGCCGCGACGCUGUUUGUCUCAAGCUUAAUCUAUCUGGGGAUGUUUUAUAUCUUCGGGGUGCAGGACGGGAUCCGUUCCUAUAUAUGGACCGUUUGGUUUGCUUUGUUCGGGCUAGAGAUGUGGGUUAUAAUGAGAGUAUCUUGUGUGACACCCGGAAUUGGGCUCCAAGAUACCCACUUGAAUGUAAGGAUGGGUCUCCUUACACUAAUCAUCAUUGGCGAAGGGGUCAUAUCAGUCACCAGAAUUGUGAAUAGGACUGUGCGGCCGGGGGGCUGGACUAAGUGGUCGUUUGUUCACAUUCUAGGAGUCACUACUAAUGUGUACUUUCUGUGGCAAGCGUAUUACGAUCUCUCACCAAGGGGCAUACUUGGCAAAUAUUCCCAGCAGCUAUGGGCCCAGCUCCAUUUUCCCUUUCAUGUGGCCCUAGUACUCCUUCUUGAAGGAUCGCAGAUCCUUGCUUUGACCCUAGACAUUACCUUGAAGCUCACGUACCUCGAGGAAACUAUCAUGUUUGCUUGCGAGGAACCACGGCCCAGACCCGGAAUAGCCAUUGGUCUCCUUCGGAACACCAUUGAGGACAUGGAGAUUAAUUACAGCCGCGGCGCAAUAAAAGAAAAGAUGGCCAUCGACGCAAUCUUGGAGGAUUUGCCAAACCACCCCUUGUGCCCGGGAGAGAAGGUGAUUGGUUUCUUCAUCACCAACGACCACCUCAAUGACCUUGUGGGUAAUGUUACUGCCGCUCUGUUUUCCAGUAUGGGGAUCAUACCUUCGGAGGAGACAAACAUAGGGCAGUUGACUAGUUCGCAGUUGCUGAGGUUGUACAUGGAGCUACUAGGGUUUGUCUACAUAUAUUUUUUCGUCGUUGCAUCACUGGUAAUGUUUCUUUUUGCCGCUUUUGCAUUGUUAUCUCGUCGCCACAACUUCUGCACUAGUAUUGGAAUAACGACCCGCAUCAUCCUGGGGGUGCUCUUGGCGAGCUUAGUGUCUUUCGUCAGGAAUUUUGGGCUUGCGUACGAUUUCAUGACAUCUCCAACGAUAUUAUACGCAUUCACCUUUGUUCUUUUGACAGUGUCCGGCAUUGACCGACUCUUAGACUUCUAUGAGAGCCACCAUGAGACCAAUGUGAAUCUGGAGGAUGCAGGGAAGCGUAGUCAUUCCGAUACGUCCUAG